CAACGUCUGUAUCCCUUAUGAUCGCGGCGGGGAGCAUUUGAGGCGCCUCUUCCUUUCUCGCCCCCUCAAACACCAAACCCUUGAUUCUCGCGCUCUCGUCGGCGGCGGAGCUCCGACCAUGGCGGCCAUAAGCUGCUUCUCCGCCUGCAUCACCCGCGAGCCGGCGCCGGCCGUGCUCCCCCGCCCGGCUCUGCUGCCCUCCGGCGUGCUGCUGUCGAGGAGAUGGCGGGCGGCGGUCGUGCUGCGCGCGGCGGCGGUCUCCAGGACCACGUCUGCGGAGGCAGAACCGGAGGCGGCGAAGAAGAGGCAGCCCAGGGGCAUCACCAAGCCCCGGCCCGUCUCCCACGAGCUCCAGGUGCUGCUGGGCGUCAAGGAGAUCCCUCGCACCCAAGCCCUCAAGCAGAUAUGGGCCUACAUCAAAGAGAACAAUCUCCAAGAUCCGGAGAACAAAAGGGUAAUAGUUUGUGAUGAGAUGCUGAAAAAAAUAUUUGGAGGAAGAGAUCGUGUUGGCUUCCUUGAAAUCUCAGGAUUGCUGAAUCCUCACUUUUUGAAAUGAAGAAUCUUCUAAGGAUUUGGUUUCUGUACAUGAAUAACUCCUGGUUUGUCACUAUUAAAGCAGGAUCCUCACUUUUUGAAAUGAAAAAUCUUCUGAGGAUUUGGUUUCUGUACAUGUACAUGAAUGACUCCUGGUUUCUCAUUAUUAAAGCAGGUGAAAUACAACUAUUGUCACACUGUGUAAUCUAGUUUAGCGUAUUUCUUACUCGUGGUUGGUAGUGGUUUAAUAUUUUGCCCUGUAUCUGCUACA